CAUUCUGUUGCUUCGAAUAAACAGCUCCUGGCGUCAUUGGUUUUGUGGCACUUAAACUGAGCCGAAGGACGAGCGCGGAGAGGGAGUAACCACCCAUCCACCCAUCCUGCGAGGGAAUCGAACCCCAUUCCCCAACCAUCGUCCACUGAAUUUCGCGCAAUAAAUCAAGCAAUGGAUAGAAAAUCAACAUAGUGAAUGCAUGAGGGCCGGAGAUCGGUUAGCACCCAUGUCAAGCCAUGCAGCAGACCCUCUCGUACUCAUCAUCAUCGCUCUCGCCAUCCCCAUCCCCGAUGCCCAGGCCGUCGGCAUCAGCAGAAGCAGCACCUCCUCCACCGAUCCCAAAUCUGCAUCUAAGCCCAGAUCCCAGUUCGAAACCGAGUCCGCGCCCCAGGUCCACAGGUGGCGAUUCCAGACUCCAGCCGUCGGUCAUCCCAGUGAUCCCGGACUAUAGCUACCGCACCCACACCACCCGCUCCAUCCUAUCCGCCCGUUCGAUGGCUCCCUCCACCUUCGCCUCCAACCAGAGCUUCGUGCGCCAGCCCUCGGAAUCGGAUGUCCAGCCCUAUAGUAGCCUUUUUGGGGAUCCGGUUCCACCGCCCCUCCAGCCAGAUGAUUACUUUGGAACGGCAGCUUUUGAGACGCUGCGAACGGGCUCCGUGGAGCUGCCCAGUUCCGAGGAGGAUGCACUGGUGGCCGCCGUGGCGCUGAAUACUCUGAUUCCCGGGGCCAGGGAGCGCAUCUUUCCGAGUGUUCCCUACUCCAGGACUCCGCGGGGAUCCCUCCUGCCGUACCUGCAGCCUCCCGACAUCCAGAUCCUGCCCAACUCCAGCGGUGGUUCCAGUUCGGAGCAAUUGGGAUCGCCUAACUAUCGGCUCCUGGCUCCCGACGACAUCCUCAACAAACCGGACAUGUACGAUCUGGAGAACGAGGUCGAGGAGUACACCGUGGUGGGUCAGAGGAUGUCCUUCGACAGGGAGGAGGAGGACGAGCCGGCGCGGACUCCAAGCCAAGCGCCUGCCAAGUUGAGUGUGUCCAGCAUUACGACGGAGGACCACAGGGGGUUGCUGAGUGACUCCUAUUCCGGCAGGGACUGGUUCCGUCCGGCGCCGCAGCACUUUCCCGAGUUCACGCGCAUCCCUCGAUUGCGUCCCAGUUCGAAGAUGAUCAUGUCCAUGAAGCAGGACGAGGGGCCUCUCUCCCCGCUGGCCACCAUGAUCCAGGAUAUGAACAGCUCCAGCAGCGGAGGCGAGGAGCGGAUGGCACCCAGUGAAAAGAUGUCAGUUAGCAGGGACGUGGUGCUCUCACCGCAGCAAUAUCUGGAGGACCAGAUGGGUCUGGAAAUGGGCAGCCAGAGGCAGUCUCUGGAGGACUACAGAGUGCCGCCGCCCCCGGCUGCCCCGCCCCCUUGCCACAGGACAAGGACCCUCCUGAUGGAGCAGGAAGACAACCAGAGCGUCGAACCUGCUGCUCCCAGCUUAAAGCGAGAAAUGUCACCAAUUAUCAUCAGGGAUUCCAUACCCAUGGGGGGAGAUUACAGAGUGGAACAACCGCGUCCGCACAAGAAGACUGCUUUCACCAUCCUUUCCGCGGGUCAGGUGGCUCCAUCUCCAUCACGUCCUCAAACACAAGAAGCUCCUCCCACCAGCCGGAGACACGCCUCCAUCCAGUCGACAUCGACGACUACCUCAUCGCCGGCCGGUAGGCCACAGAUCAGUCCCCGCCGGAGAUCGAUCUUUGGCUCAGAUUCCCGACUACCCGAACUGGGUUAUGCCCCCUCCUCCAGCCACCUGCUUCUUCAGCAGACGACUGAUGACUCGCCACGUCCCUCGGUGCAGUUCAACAUGAGUGGAAGACACAGCCGGAGCAAGCUGGCCAUUCCGCAGAAGGGCAUCCUCCAGCAGAGGGACUCGCUGACCUCCUCCAUAGACACAGUCACGCCAAAAGCACAGAUCAGGAGGGGUUCUGUGGGCAGAAGUCCCACCCACAGCCAGAUGCCCUAUGGUCAAAAGAUCAAGAGCAUGGAAACACUACCGCUGAUAAGGGACCAUCCCCACGGAAGCUUCAUUCCCCGCCUGCACUACGGUUCCACCAUGGAUUUGGGCGCUCCGGAGCCCGCUGUCUUUCCACCUGGAGCACUUCCUCGACCACUGAAGCCAAAUCAGAAUCCCACACGAAAGCAGCGCGGCCUGCUGAAGAUUAUCAACAAGGAGGAGUCGCUAACUUCCACCCACAUCCCGCCGCGCUCCAACUGGUGCAGCCUGGAGGAGCUGAGCAGGCCCACUCCCAACCAGGCUACCAGAAGGCGCUCUAGUUCCACCUCCCCAGAACGCAGGAGCUCCACGCAAACUGCCUCGGAUCGGAGGAGCUCCAACCUGAGUAGCGUUACUGCCACCACCUCGGACUUCAGUUUCCGACGACCCACGCUCUCCACACUGCCAGCCUCUCAAACUCUCUCCAGGAUGCGUCGUAAAUCCAUUCAGGCUCCUAGUCCCAACAGGAUUCCCAAUAGAAUCCCGAGCUUUGGACAGAGAAGGCAGUCCAUCUAUCAAAGGGAUCGAGAUCCACGGGAUGGGGAUUCCAAGCCUAUGAGCAGGCAUGGAAAGGUUGCCAAGCCCAGCACCUUGUCGCCCAUUAUUGGAACUCCCAACAAGGACAGCAGCUCUGCCCAGAGUCCCACCCAUAGAAGUACCCUAACGGGAGAUGCAGCGGAUACCCCAUCGGAGGUGUCUACCAGAAGAGACUCCAUAUCCCGCAUCCCUGUCCGCAAAAGUCCCGAAUCCCGCUCUAGUUCGCCACUGAAAGACUUUGGAGUCACUGCCUCCGGGAGAAGUUCCCGGGCUAGCAUAAGUAGGUCGCCUUCCAGAGGAAUGAAUGUCCAUGCCAGUAGUAGGUCGCCUUCAAGAUCAGUGCCUCCCAGCAGAACAGCCUCGCGGGAGAGUGGAAGGCCAGGAGAUUCGCGCUCUGCUUCCAGGGGACCAGCUUCCAGACCGGGAUCUCGCUUGGAUCAGGACGGAAGCCGAUUGGAACGGUCAAGCUCCCGCUUGGAUAGACCUAGCUCUCGUUUGGAAAGGUCCACCUCCCGCUUGGAUGUCUCCCGUGGAAACUCCAGAGCUAACUCCCGACUGAGCAUCAACUCAUCCUUAAGAUCCUCCAGUAUUUCACCUGCCACCAUGGCCAGAAAUAGGAGCAUGAGAGGUUCCACCACGACUAGUCGUAGGAAAUCCAUCUCCUUGAGUCCGGCCAGUGCGAUGAUGAUGGGUCGUCGGAAAUCCAUAAGUCCCGAGGUCCUUAAUCAAAACAGAAGAGUUUCCAGCAGGGGAAAGCCGAUUGAUCCCCCAGAGAUUCUAUCUCGUCGGAACUCCCGCUCCCGUAUUCCCACCAGAUCGACCAACGUCGGCUCCAAGUCCCCGCCGUCUUCCUCCAAGAAGAGAUCGAAGUCGCCGGAUAAAUCAAAAACCGUGGGAUCAACGCCCAAGAGCAGCAAAGCUGGAAAGGGGACAACCAUCAAGGGAAGCCCCAAAGCAAAGCCUAAGAUCCCUGCAAGUGCCAAACCAAGGACCAAGACGGAAUCCUCCUUGAAAGCUCCACCAGCUAAGAAUGCUAAGAAGACUCCCGCAGGUGGUAAGCCCACCACUGAGGCAAGAAAGCCAACUGUCAAGGGGAUUCCCAAGAAGGAUGUGAAGAUGGAGAAGGGAAAUGAGAAGGGAAAGGAGGCGGGUAAGGUGGUGGCUUCCAAGGAACCAGUGCCUCCAGUAAAGGCAAAGGCCCAGUCUAGCAAGAAUAAGCCAGCUGGGGGAACCCCCUCUACAACGGAGACCAAAAAGCCUGCCGCGACAAAAGCUCUAGGAAUAGCACUGGAAAAAGGAGCUAAUGGAUCGGAAUCCCUUGGUGGGAUGCAUCCACUAGCUGCCCAAGUGGGCAAUGCAGUGCUCCAGGCGGUGGAAGCUGUUCCUGCGGUGACCAGCGAGGUAACCAUACCCUCAACCCCUGGUGGCAAGGGAUCUGGAGGUGCCAACAUGUCCAAGCUGGUGCGGAUGAGCUCCAGGAUGAGCCUGCUAAGCAACAAAAGCAACAAGAACCGUUCGGAUUCCCCUCAAAACAGGAAGGUGCCCACCGUGAAGGAGCAACCCAACGAAGCUGAAGAAACAGUGGGUUCCAGUGCGCAGCCACCCAUGUCCAAUGAUGCGGCUGCCAUUUUGGAAAAGUCCCAGAAAACAUUGGAGAACAUUCAGAAGACCGUCACCGAGGCCACCGACGAGAUCCACAAAACCAUCACCGAGAAUCUCACCGAUCUGAAGAGCCUGGAGAACGACCUCGCCGCCGAUCCCUCGCCCACGCCGAGUUCUGGAACCAUUUUGGCCAGACCAGGUGAAUCCGCCUCGCGAACGGGCACCGCCGAUGGAAGCAUUGCUCCUCAGAGUUCGGGGGAGUUGCCCAAGUCACCGUUUCCACCCACGCAACCCAUCGAAGCCUCCGUCUCGGUUUUGCAUCCCAAUGAAAGUGCCGCCGAUCGAAUUGCCAGUGUGCCGGAGGUGGAAUGUGAGAGCUCCGAACUUCCAACGGUGCUGGAUGCAUCCGAGUCCGAUCUCGGGGGGAAUGUAAUGCCCAUGCCCGAGAGCGGGGCGGACUUCAAGGUGGACGCCAAGCGGAGAUCGCCAGACGGACAGGGAGGAUCCACAGCGGGAAGCGGCGGUCUUGCCAAGAGCAGCAGUCAGGAGUUCCUCGAGGACAAGGAUAAUGCCAAGAAGGCUGGUCUGUGCGGCUGCUGUUCCGCGCUGUUCAUGCCCUGCCGCCGCUCCCGCUGCUCCCGUUGCUGCCGGCGCCGCGAGCGGAACCAGUCCGCCGAGGACCAGCCCGUCCUGUGGAGCGGCAACAGCAGUGCCACCACAGCCACCAAUGUCCAAGUGAUUGAUGAGACCAAGCCGAAGCGCAAGAAGGCCUCCGACUGGCUGAAGUCCAGCUGCUGCCGGAGCUGUCGCAAGAAACCCGCUCACCCCGAGGGCGAGGAGGAGCAGGACCCUGUCCACGAGGAAGUGUCCAAGAGGACGAAGCAGGGGGCCAACAUGAGCACGGGACCAAGGCCACGGGGCAAGUGCGGCCUCUGCUUGAGCAAGGUGUUCUGCUGUCGCUCGGUGAACAAGGUGGACCCCACCACGGGCGACGAGACGGAGCUGAAGCAGUGCUGCUUCUGCAUACCCUGUCGCCGGGGGAACCGAGCCAACAAGAAGGGCAGCACCGUGUCCUGGCGGGAUCAGGACCCCGAGCUCGGCAUAAAGCCCACCGAGUCCUCGGUGGUGGAGGGCGCCUCUGAAUCGGCCAUGUCCGCGACUGCGGAUGCUGCCAAUAACCAAGUGAAGGAGGGAUGCUGCAAGCGUUUUUGGCUGAUGUUGCUGUGCUGUCGCAAGAAGAAGCGUCGUGAGUCCAAUGCCCGGAGGAUGAGCAUCAAAGCGCCGCCACCAAGCGAGGACACCCGUAAGAAGCUGCACGUGGACCUGGUCGAGUAUACAUCCAAAAUGAAGGGAGCCAUUCCAGUGCUGCCGCUGUACUUAGCCUGGUUUUGCGCCUUUUGCAAUGUGGUUUUCCCAGGCCUAGGAACGCUACUUUCCGGACUCUUCUGCCUGUGCGUGGGCAUUCCGCGCUUCUCUCAAUUCGACAGCGCCCGUGCCCGGAUUGGGUCCUUCAUCAUCAACAUCAUCGUAGCGGUGUCCCAAUUCUUCUGCGUGCUCUUCUGCUUCGUGGGAUGGGGCUGGUCGAUUUGGUGGGGCACCAUAAUGUUAAAGUGUGCAAAGAAACUGAGCAAAAUCAAAAAGGUGGAGCGCUUGGAGCUGGAGGAGGAGCAGCGCCAGGCGCAGCUGGAGGCGGCCAAGAACGGAGAGACCGAGGCGGCCAAGACAUAGUCCUCCGAUCCCGGAUAUAAAUAAGUUGCUUUUUAUACCAAUGUGUACAUACUUUUGUACAAAACAUGUAGAUUCCACAUAAACAAGCACUUCCACAUGAACGAACUUCCAGGUUAAGCGAAAUGGAACAGAACUUCCUUUAAACAAGAAAUGCAUUGAUGUAAAUGUAUUAAAAUCAUUAAACUUCCACUAAAAUAUGA